AUGGACAAUAAGGAACUUCAGAGAGGGCAUGAAAUUUCACCUACUCUUGUCAAAGCGAUUGAGAAUUCUAGGAUUGCUAUCAUCGUGUUCUCCAAAAAUUACACUUCCUCUACGUGGUACUUAGAAGAACUUGUGAAAAUUCUUUCUUGGGCAAAAUCCAAGGAUCGUUUGGUGUACCCAGUCUUUUACAACGUGGAUCUGCUAGAAGUUCAACAUCAAAGAGGGCAUUAUGGAGCAGAAUUGGCUAAGCAUGAAGAGAAAUUGAAGGGUGAUAAUGUCAAAGUACAACAAUGGAAGUCUGCUCUAUAUGAAGCAUCUAAUUUAGUCGGUGGAAUUGGUCAAGCAACUUUAGCUCGUGCUGUGUAUAAUUUUAUUGUUGACCGAUUUGAAGGCGAGAAGAAUACCAAGCUUGGUGAUUCCCACAAGGGAAUUCCAAUCCUUAUAAAGAAGUUGUAUUGCAAGAAGGUUCUUUUGAUACUUGAUGAUGUGGACAAAUUAGAACAAUUGAAGAAAUUAGCAGGAGACUGUAAGUCAGCUGCUGAAUGGGAGGUUGCAUUGGAUAGAUAUGAAAAGGUUCCUAAUGAAGAAAUCAUGAAUACCCUUAGAGUGAGCUUUGAUAGUCUAAAACCAAGUAAGAAGCAAGUUUUCCUUGACAUUUCAUGUAUCUUUGUUGGAGAGGAGUUGGCAUAUGUAGAAGUUCUAUAUGCUUGCGGCUAUGGUUACAUGAGGAUGUUCUUGAAGUUCUCUAACAAAAUAUGUUGGUCAAUUAUCGAAGACCAUGUGUGGCUGUCUGAUCUAAGAGCAUUUUUCCUAGAUAGUGGUCUCAAAGGGCUAUUUCUAGAGCACGAAUGGAAUCAUGUGGAAAUUUCUUGUGAGGAUUGUGCAGUGAAGAAUGGAUCAACAGGGAAGGAAGCUGUGAAAUUCCUUGCAAUAUAUAUGUACAGGGAAGAAAGGAGAAUGGAGAAUGUUCGAUUCCCUAACUCUGCUCAUGUACAAGACCAGGGUUAUCGUCAUACUUACGAAAGUGUUAGUGAUGACACCUACCCCAUUGUAUAG